GCUUUUUCCAAAUUUCCAAAAAAGGAGUUGGCCCUUAAAAUCAUUAUAGUGCUGAAAUGAAAACCCAAAUAAGUCGCGUCAAAAAUUAAAUAAACAAAUAAAAAUUCGUGAGCAUGAUUGCUUGCAAUUUCCAUUAGCUUGGCCCCUGGCUUUCUAAAAUCUGCUAUAAAAUGUUGGGAGUGUACUUACAAACUCUCAUCGAUUAAAUCAUUAAAAAAAAAAAAAACAAGAAGGAAUGGUUAGCUAUCUCAGACCAUCGUUCUUACCCGCCGUGACAGCGGCAUUGUUGUUGUUUUCAGCAUUCAUCAGCUCCGGCGAAGCUCGCGGCCUCGCCACAUACUGGGGACAAAUCGGGAAGGAAGAAGGCAGUUUAGCCUUAGCCUGUUACCUAAGCGGCUUUGACUGGGCCGUCAUUUCCUUCCUCAACAACUUCGGCGGCGGCAAGACCCCGAAGUUGAACUUAGCCGACCACUGCGACGCCGCCGACGGCAACUGCGCCUUCCUGAGCACCCAGAUAAAAGCAUGUCAGUACCUUCAAGUCAAGGUCUUCCUCUCCGUCGGAGGCCCGGACCCGAAUUACAGCCUGGACACUCAGGAAGACGCCGAUUUCCUCGUCAGCUACCUCUGGGACAACUUCCUCGGCGGCACGGCGGAAUCCCGUCCGCUGGGCGACGUCGUUUUGGACGGGAUCGAUUUCGCCAUCGAGAGCGGUUCGAACAAGUACUGGAAGUACGUCGCCGAGAAGGUCCACGCGCUGAGCACUCCGGCGAAGAAAGUGUACCUCACGACGGCUCCGAAAUGCCGGAUCCCGGAUUAUUACAUGGACGGAGCGAUCAGGCUCGGGAUUUUUGACUACGUUUGGGUGAAAUUCUACAACGACUCGUCCUGUCAGUACGAGGAAAUCUCGAACGAUUUCGGGGUUAAUUCUCAGAAGCUUCUCGCGAGUUGGUACACGUGGCACGAUUAUCCAGGGAUUAACAAGCUGGUUAUGGGAACUCCGUCGUACCCUGAAGCUACGCCCGGUGGCGGAUACAUGUAUGUUGAUCCUUAUUACUAUUACAUCCUUCCGAUUCUUCAGAAAUCGGCCAAAUUCGGUGGGACCAUGUUUUGGACGGUGAAUUACUCCCCGGAGAAAACUGUGGGAGGAUCGGUUUCAGGUUCAAAGGGCUUGGCUAUCGUGUAAUAAUGUGUGCUAUAGAUUUUUGUGUCAUGUCGGAAAAGUAAUUAGUACUCGCUAGUUAUAUAAUAAGAUCUUCCGGCUUGAGUUCAGUUUCUUUACUUGAGGGAAAAUUCUAGCUUAAUUUGUAAUGCCACUUUUUUUGGGACACACUUUAGUUCCAUACUUCCAUUUUAGCUUUUUGGUUUGGAAACCUAUGGUUUUUAUUUGUCUUGCGAGUGAAUAAAAAAUCCAGCAAGAUUUAUGGUUUGUCUCAGAUGUUCAAACUUCAAAUUAACAGCACAACAAUUUAUAUCGAAGUUGCAAAUUUGAAUUUUUUUUUU